AGAGGAUCUCACUUUAUUCAGACAUCGCUCGGUUCUCUUGCUCUGCGUCGUUCAUUGUAUCUCUAAGGCUGCUAGUUCCAGUACAUACUAGCGCUUCUCAGCUAGUGUUUACGUCAGUCCGCUCUUAGCUUCCACGCUUCGGGCCUUCUAGCUCGCCGAUAACCAGUGCUCGUUAGUUACUCCGACGCUGAAAAUAGGUGUCUCGCAGUCUUCCCUCGACCGUGUGUGCGCCGCGUCUCUCGGCGGCAGAACGAACCUUGUCGUCGAUUCGCGAUUCACUGAGGCGCUCGCCGCGUUCGCCGCUUCGGAAACGCACUUUCAUCGCGAUUCCUGGGGCAGCUCGAGGCAAAUCGACGGCCGGUCUUUCUUGUGCGAGCAGCUGGAUGCGACCGACCACGUGCGCCGCUCCUCUGCCGCCGCCGCGGUUUCCGCCGCUGCCGGCGCGACUAGCACCGCGAGCGAGCGCAGGGACAGCGCGAUCCGCGCUCUCGCGGAGUCGAUCCUCGUCGCCUGCCCGGCGCGACACUCGUUCGCCUUCUCCUCCUCCUCCGGGUCGGACGGCGCCGCCGACGCCGCUGGUGCUGCGUUUGGGAGCAUCCAUGGCGGCGCGUGUCGCUCGUCCAUGUCGUCCUUCGCCUUCUCCACGCGCGGGGGACGCGACGGGGGCUCCUCCUCUUUCUGGGGGGGACGGGGCUCCUCCUCUUUCUGGGGGGGACGGGGCUCCGCCUCCUCCUCCUCCUCGGGCGGAAGAGGUUCCGCCUCUUCCGCGUGGCCCCGCCGCUCCUCUGCGUCGUCGUUCGCCUUCUCCAAUCUCGCCGCUUCUUCCCCGCGUCCCUCGGACGGCCCUCUGUUCACUAUCGCGGAAGCUCUUACCGAAUCACUGCUGGCCGUCCAAGACCCCUUCCCUCCGUCGGACGGUCAGUCUUCUGACGGUGUGGCUGCUGGCAGUCGUGGAGAAGCGGAUGGCGGCGUUGCGGCGGCGGAAGAACAGGCGACGGACGGCAAUUUGCCGCCCGAUCUGAGCGGGUUGAGCAACGGGGAGUUGCUAAUGGUGGCGGCGAGCCGCAUCGCGCUGCUGACGGCGUCGCUGGGCGAGUCGCGGGCGAUCAACGAGGAGCUGAUGAGGGCGAGGGAGGCGGCGCUCUCGCUGCUCAUGGAUACGCAGCGGAAACUGACGGAGGCCACGACGCGCGCCGUGCUGUCGAUGCCACGUGUCGACAGCUCGUGCGAUCUGGCUGCGCUUGGCCGGGUUCGUGGCGGCGGGAGCGCGCAGCCACCGCCGUCGUCGGCCGUUUCCACGUCGGCGUCGUCGUCAGCGGCAGCAGCGUCAGCGGCAUCGCCGACGGGGCAGAAGGCGAAGAUUUACCUGGACGAUGACGAUGACGAUGACGGCGACUACGACGAAUCGGACGACGAAUGCGACGUGCCUCGCAGGCCCGUCGCACCAGUCGCCAGGAGCCCGCAUGCGGCUCCGUCGCCCCCCGCCCCGAGCCCAGCCCUUGCGCCAUUGGCGGAAGCUCGGUCAGCGGAGAGCGAGGAGGCGGAGUAUGCGCGGUUCCUCGAGCGGAAGGUCGCGGAGCUGCAGGGGGCGCUGUCGCAGGCGGAAGGCGCGCUGGAGUCCGCGCGUGCGAAGCGCGAGGCCUGGGCGGAAGGCCAGGAGCGCGCGGUUGCCGCCGCCGUCGCGGACGGCGAGGCUUCCGCCAAGCGCGCGCGGGCACGGGAGGUGGAGCUGAUGGUGGCACUGCGGAGGGUGGAGGGGCAGCUUGUAACGGAGCGCAGACGUCACGUGGCAGAGGUCGAUUCGCUGAAGGAAGCACUGGCCGGGGCGCAACGGGAGAAGGAGGGGUUAUUAACGAGCCUGGAGGAAAUGGGUCGGGCGUUGGAGCAGCAGCGGGAGGAGCGGGACGCGAUCGUGGGGAGGCUGGCAGCGGAGAAGGCGGAUAUGGUGGGCGAGCUGAUGGACGUGAUUGUAGAGGCCGUGACUGACGCGGGGGGUGUGGGGGUUCUAGGGGUGUGGGGGGUGUGGGGUGUGCAUCUGGGCUGCUGGGUGCUGCUGCUCUGUUGGAACCGGUUCUGGCUGAUGCGGCAUAUGUGAGCGUGGCUUCUGCUGACGUGGCAGUGGCUGGUGACGUGGCAGUGGUCAGUGACUUGGCGGAUGGGGGAACCACAGCAGCUGAGGUGGCACUGGAGGGAGGCAGUUACGGGGGUUGGGAGGAAGUUCAGCCAGAGGCUGCUGCUGAGGGGGGUGAAACCCUCAUUGCAACCUCUGAAGCUGACACCACUGUCACCCUUGCUACAGCUGCUACAGCUGUUACACUUGCUACAGCUGCUACAGCUGUUACACUUGCUACAGCUGCUACAGCUGUUACACUUGCUACAGCUGCUACCGCUGUUACACUUGCUACAGCUGCUACCGCUGUUACACUUGCUACAGCUGCUACCGCUGUUACACUUGCUACAGCUGCUACCGCUGUUACACUUGCUACAGCUGCUACCGCUGUUACACUUGCUACAGCUGCUACCGCUGUUACACUUGCUACAGCUGCUACCGCUGUUACACUUGCUACAGCUGCUACCGCUGUUACACUUGCUACAGAUGCUACCGCUGUUACAGCUGCUGCAGCUGGGGAUAGGAUUAGCAGCAGAAGGCGCUACAGCACAACUGCUGGAGACGGCAGGGGCAGGGGCAGGAGCAGGGGCAGGGGCAAGGGGGAUGACAGAAUCAGUGGCACCAGGAGCGGGCGGGGAAGUGAGGGAGCACGGGGAAAAGGAGUGGAUUCAGAAGGACAUAUUUCCAAGGGCAAGAGCCGGGUGCUGAGGGAUAGGGACCUGCCCGCUCGGCGACACACUAUGGUCCCCUGCAGGCUCCCCCGCUCCUCCCUUCCCUUGCACCUCCACUCCUUCCACUGCCGCCCCUCGCUCCCAUCCCUGUUACCCGUUGGCCGAGAGCCAGGGGAGGGCCGAAGGGGUGAGGAAAACGUGGAGUGGA